AUGUUCUCCAGAAUCAGCAGCCGUGCCGGCCGUGUGGCCAGAAGGUUCCAGUCUCACGCUGCCCAGGCGGAGGCCAAGCCUGCUCCCUUCAACAACAAGUACAACUUCAACAUAAACCCGCCCCCCGUGCACGCGUACUGGAACGCCCGCAACUUUUCUGUUCUCAUUGCAUUUGUCCCCGUCUUCCUUGGCGCGGGCUACUUGGGCAAGUACGCUGGAGAAAACGCAGGCGGCUUCGAAGCCUUGUUGGACUUUGCCGACUCGGAGCAGUCUCCCAUGAAGGAGCUCAAGUUCGGCGAGGCCCAGAAGAAGUGA